AUGUCAAUGGAUGUGAUGGCAAAUGAACGUGUUUGUUAUGUUCACUGCAACUUCUGCAACACUACUCUUGCGGUUAGUGUUCCAUGCAGUAGCUUGCUGACUAUAGUGACAGUUAGAUGUGGGCAUUGUGCCAAUUUGCUUUCGGUUAACAUGGGAGCAUCACUUCAAUCUUUUCCACCUCAACAAGACCCUCAGAAACAGCAGCUUGUAAGCUGUCACCAAGAACCAAUUAGCAGGAAGGAAGUUGUAGGAUCAUCAUCAUCUUCUUCUUCAAAAUGCAAAGCAUUUCAGCCUCAUGAGCAACCUAGGACUCCUCCCAUUCGCCCUCCUGAGAAGAGACAACGUGUACCUUCUGCUUAUAAUCGGUUCAUUAAGGAGGAAAUACAAAGAAUUAAGGCUAGUAAUCCAGAUAUCAGUCACAGGGAAGCUUUUAGCACAGCAGCCAAAAACUGGGCACAUUUUCCUCACAUUCACUUUGGGUUAAAGUUGGAUGGUAGCAAGCAAGCAAAGUUGGACCAUGGGGUUGGGGACAGUACUACUCAAAAGUCUAACGGAUUCUAUUGA